AUGCAGCCCUGAGCUGCUCCAGCCACCUUCCUCCCUCCAUCCAGCAGGACAGCAGACAUUUGAUCUGCCUAGAGACACCACGCCAUGGGUCCGUUCCCAGUGCUGCUGCUCCUGGUCGCUGUGCUGUGUCCAUUCUCCCCGGCCGUGGGGAAUACGGACAAAGAUGUGGCAUCUGUGUCAACAACCCUGAGCUCUAUCCAGAAGGAGAUUGUAGAUAAACACAACCAACUGAGGAAAAUGGUCUCCCCCAGCGCCAGCAACAUGCUGAAGAUGAGCUGGAGCGCCCAGGCUGCCAAGAAUGCCCAAAAUUGGGCAGAGAAGUGUGACUACAAACACAGUGACCGUGAAUUCAGAAGAACCAAUAUGAGCUGUGGCGAGAAUCUCUUUAUGUCAAGUCACCUCACCACAUGGUCCCAUGCCAUCCAAACCUGGUAUGAUGAGCACUUUGACUUGAACUUUGGUGUAGGCCCAAAGACUUCUGAUGCUGUCGUGGGACAUUACACUCAGGUGGUCUGGUACGCAUCUCAUCUUGUUGGGUGUGGAGUUUCCUACUGCCCUAAACAAUCUUUAAAAGUCUUCAUGGUGUGCCAGUAUUGUCCUGCUGGUAAUAUUUAUGAUAGAAGAUAUACCCCUUACAACAAAGGAAAACCGUGUGGCACUUGUCCAAAUAACUGUGACGAUGGACUCUGCACCAACAGUUGCCCUCACAACAACAAAUAUUCUAACUGCAACUAUUUGAAACAAACAGCAACCUGUGAACACCCAAUGGUCAAAAGUAAUUGUGCUGCCUCCUGCAAUUGUAAUGGCAAAAUUUUCAAUGGGCCGAUCACAGACAACUAGAGCCCUGUGGAGGAUGAUCACACCGUCUGCUUAGACUUCACAUGUACAACCUGGAAAGUUGGAGGCCUGUUUCUUGCAAAUCUGACUCAAAACUAAAAAGAGUUUUUCCUUUUCUUCUGUAUUUCCUUCUUGUUUUUUUUAUAGAAAUCACUUUCCUACUAAGGAUUGAAGAAUAAUGAAAUCCCUGUAUGUCUCCUGGGACUUUGUUGUAUAAAUUUAUAAUGUGAAUUGAAUCAAACAGAGGAUUCUAUAAGUUGUAUUUUUCUAUGACUAUGGUCGUGAAUACUAUAAAUUAUAGAAUCAUUGCCCCAGUAAAACUGGGACUAAAAUCACAGAAUAUAUUAUAUCAUUGCCCAUAAAUCCUAAGCUACAGUCAUCCAUUCUAACUCCACCCAGUUAAGUAUGUGCAAAGAAAUGUUGACUUUUACUCCCUUUAUGUGUUCUUUGCCAAUUCACUCUCCUACCCAUUAGCCUGGAUUUCAUCCUUACCAUUAUGUUGAAACUUAUAACCAAAGUAACUCUUACCUUCUCAUGCCAAGGACAAUGAAGAUAUUUGAUUUUUUUAUCUGCAUAAGUUGACCAAUAGGAUCACUUUUUCAUUCAUAACAUACUUUUUCUUAAAUACAUCUUCUUUAAAACAAUAAAUAUUUUAAAACAAAAAAUAUAAUACAUUCUCUCCUCCACAAGAGAUUAGAAGUCAGUGUGCAUUUUUGGUGUCUACCCUGAAGUUAGGAACUCACUUUCAAAGACUAACUAAUGCUAAGGAAAAAAUUGUAUGAAGGAAAACGCUAUCUGAAAAAUGCUAUCAUAACCAGCUGAUCUAAAUGCCAACUUUUUCUGUUCAAUUUGAAUCUAAUUGUUCUCUUGGUGUAAUUCAUGAAACAUAACUUUCUUUUUUGGUGUGACUACAUAAGCAAUGGCUUUUAGGAAUAAAUAAAAUUUAAUCUUAGCAACAUA